AUGCGGCUGUUGAAAGACGACUCGUCAUCGUACAUGCCUGUAGCCACUGACUUCAGCGAUGACGGGACCCCUUCGUAUGACGAGGAUCUGCCGCCUUCAACACUCCUGGCCUUGGUGGAGGCACCAUGGUUUCAAUCGAUUGUCGGCGCCAUUAUCUUGGCCAAUGCCUUGGUCAUCGGCCUGGAAACAGACCAAGUGAAAGAGUACGAUUGGCUGUUCCCGAUUCUGGAGGACAGCUUUCUUUCGCUCUUCGCCGUCGAACUUUGCAUGAGGCUCUGUGCUUAUGGCAUCUUGGGCUUUUUCAGCGCCACCGGAUCGGACGGCGUAUGGAACGCCUUCGAUUUCACGCUGGUCUUCUUGGGGGUGAUGGAUCGAGGAUUGUCUUUGGUCAAUCGGCUGAAGCAAGGGCCGCAGCUGUACAUCGUCCUUAUGCGGGUGUUCAGGCUGCUUCGAAUUCUCCGGAUUUUCCGCAUCUUCCGGGUCAUGAGACAGCUGCACAUACUGGCGUCUAGCCUUUUUGAUGCGGUUCAAUCCGUCUUCUGGGUCAGUGUGAUUUGCGUCCUGAUCCUGUACAUCUGUGCCAUCGUCCUCACCAGGCUUGUGGGCCAUCCACUCGAUGGUGACCCGCUGGCGCUGGUAAAGCAAGAGUACUUCGGCUCUCUCGGCUCGUCGAUGCUGACGUUGUUCGAGCUUAUGGCAUUUCCCAACAUGGAGCGUUUCCAGCCUGUCUACGCCGGCAAUCCGUCUCUAAAGACCUUCCUGGUGAUUUUCGUCAUUUUCGGGGCCUUCAUGAUGGCCAGUAUUCUUACUGGUGUCAUCACAGAGGGGAUGGUGGAAAAAAGCCGCAUGCGACAGGAGGAACGACGGUUUGAGAGAGAGACGGCGCGAGCGGUCUUCAUCCGAUUGUGUCGCAGGGUCCUCCAGGACCACAGCGGUGCCGACGCCCAUUACAUCGACAAGUCCCAGUUCGAAAAGUGCAAGGACAAGGUCUUGUCGCUCUCCGAGGUGGAUGCCACGCCCCUCCGAGAGAAGGACUUGGAGGCGAUUUUUAACCUCGUCGACUACGAUGAUUCGGGCAUCGUUGAGAUCGAGGAGCUCCUGUAUGGGAUGGUGCAGGUAUCCGCCGAGCUGCGUCCCAUGUCCAUACUGGAGCUCCGGCGGAGCUUUGCCCGCGGCUUGAAUGCGGUGAGCCAACAGGCCGGGGGGCUCGCGGCUCUCCCACAUGACAUGGUGUUUCCGUUUCCUUGCAUAUGCAACCCACGGGCGAGGCCUUCUAGAUGA